UCCAAGAUGGACGAAGAAACAGUUGGAGCGACUGAUAACAUCGUCACCGAAUUUGCCACAUAUGAAGACUUUCUAGACAGUCAAAUAACUCCAUUAGAUCUCUACUACCUCGAGGAUGAGGAAUUAGCUCGACAGUUGGUUGAGUUAGGUUACAGAGGAAGUGGAGAGGUUCUGAAACGGGAAGAAUUUGAGGCCAGCAAACAAGCUGCUGAGGCAAGCAGACUGUCAAAAAGAAGUCAACAAAAAACUUUGGCCAGUUCUGGUAAAGAUCUUAAGGAUGCAUUUUUGAGGGCAUUAGCUCAGCGGGAAGAGGCAAACAGGAGUGGAAAAAUGACAUCCAUAAUAUUUAUCAGAGACAAGAAUGCCAGAGGGCAGGAAAUAUCAGGCUAUAUUGAUUAUGCACAUCGUCUAAAAGCAGAAGACUUUGAACCUUACUUUAAUGGAAGAAAGCGGUUGCUUCCCAGACCAUCAGAUUUGAGUUUUUACAACUGGGAAACACAAACUGCAACUUCAAAUCCCACUCCAAACUAUCAGGUCAUUGCGGAAAAUUCAUCAGGUUUGCUUUUCAAGAACAAGAGAGACAGAAAAAUCUUGAAUGUGGAUCCAAAGGCACUUACACCUGGUGAUAACUCGGCAAGGAUUCCCAUUGAAACUGCAAAAUAUAUUCAGGUGGUAAUCUACGAUCAUAUUACUCGGAGAAAGACAUAAUUCACAAUCUACAAAGUUGUUUAUAAAAUGGACAAAUUGUUAGAAAUGUAAAUAUUUGAUCGUAUUCUAUAAAUGAGCGUUAUACAAAGUCCCAUUAUAAAAAAUCAACCCUAUCCACUUUUCUUUUUGCUUUAAGAUACUGCUACCCUCCUCGUACUUGUUUAUUUUAAGUAAAAGUUUUCUGUAAAAAAAUAAAUAAAUAAAUCGUUAAUAAUUA